GAAAAUGAGAGAUAGAAUGGAGAGACUUGUCGUGCUUCCUUUCUCCGUCGGAUGUAUCUCCGACUCAAGUGUUGCCGUUUUAUCUCCUCUCUCAAAGCCUCAUCAUCAUCACUCUCGUCAAGAGAUUCGUGAUCAAGAGGAGGAAGAUAACAUGAAGAGUGUAUUCAAGUUCCUUGCGGUUUCUAAACCCGAGAUUUCUACCGGUAUUAACCGGCUUUUCAAGAGCUUCAAGACCAUUUCUCAACUCUUUGCUGACAAAGAAGAAGAGAACGAAGAAGUCGAGACAUCAGGAAUGGAGAUAGGAGUUCCGACAAACGUAAAACAUGUAUCGCACAUCGGUUGGGAAAGCGGUUUAACCGCGGCUACAGGUCCAGGGAGAGAGAAAUUGAUGGGCUUAAUCGUGGAUGAUAGCGACGGAGAAGUUUUGAUUCCGCCGCCGAAUUUUUCAAUGGUAGAAGACGGAAUUUACCGAUCUGGGUUUCCUCAGCUGGAGAAUUUCGGAUUCUUAUCAACCCUAAAUCUUCGAUCCAUCAUUUAUCUGUGUCCUGAACCAUACCCUGAGGACAAUCUAAAGUCUCUUCUAUCCAACAACAUUAAGCUUUUCCAGUUCGGGAUUGAAGGCAAAACGGAUCCUCCAACUCCUAUGCCAAAGGAUACAGUGUUGAGUGCUCUUAGAGUACUAGUUGAUGUUCGAAAUCAUCCAAUUCUCAUCCACUGUAAGCGCGGGAAGCAUAGGACAGGUUGUCUUGUGGGAUGCUUGAGGAAAGUUCAAAAUUGGUGUUUAUCAUCGGUUCUUGAGGAGUACCAAAAGUGUGCGGGUUUGAAAUGGAGACAAAGAGAUUUAAGGUUCAUAGAGGAUUUCGAUGUGCUCAGAUUGAAGCAAUGUCUAUACAGCAUUAUCUAUCAGUACAAUGGGUAUGGUCUCAAGAGAAGAAAGUUGCUGUAUCAAGAAGAGAAUGUUGUUCAAGAACAGCAAAAACCUCAAGCCACCAAAGGAUGAAGAAAGAGAUUUGAAAUCGGAUUUUUUUUUGUUUCUCUUCUCUUUCUAGAUUUUUAAUUCUUUACAUUUUGUCGUGAUGAUGAUGAUGAUUCUUUUGAGAAUAGGAUAGGUUUUAAAAACCUUGAUAAAUAGAGGAUUUGAUU